UUGCCCUCACCCAAAAUGGCGCCACCGGAGCUCUGGGUGGCUCACGCGUUCCCCAAUGCGCUUGGCCAGAAUGCCCUGAGACGUUGCCCUUACUUAAGAUGGCGUCCCCGUCUCCGCCUCCUGCGAGGGCCCGGCGAUUGUGACGACGCGGAAGCGACUUCCGCCGCCUUCUGCUUCCUUCCUUCUUCCUUCCCGGCGGCUAAGGAGCCUCGCAAAGGAGGAGGAAGUGCCGCCGCCAUGAAGGGCCCGUGUUGCCGGCUGCUGCUGCCGUUGCUGGGGCUCUUCUUGGGCCUGGCCGGCGCCUUCUACCUGCCGGGCCUGGCCCCCGUCACCUUCUGUCAGCCUCAGCCUCAGGAGGCCCAAGCAGGGCAGGACGAAGCCGCCGGCUGUAAGUCGCAAAUUGAGUUGUUUGUGAACCGCCUGGACUCGGUUGAAUCAGUUCUGCCAUAUGAAUAUGACGCUUUUGACUUUUGUCAAGAUGCAACAGAAAAAAGGCCUUCAGAAAACCUUGGACAAGUUUUGUUUGGUGAGAGAAUAGCUUCGUCACCCUACAAGUUUACAUUUAACGAAGAAGAGAAAUGCAAGGCAGUUUGUAUAAAAUCUUACGAUCCAACGAAAGCGGAAGAUAAAAAUAAGCUGAGUUUUUUGAAAAAGGGAAUGCAACUGAAUUAUCAGCAUCACUGGAUUAUCGAUAACAUGCCGGUGACUUGGUGUUAUGAUGUGGAAGAUGGGCAAAAAUAUUGCAAUCCAGGAUUUCCAAUUGGAUGCUUUGUGGCUUCGGAUGGCCGAGCAAAAGAUGCCUGCAUUAUUAGCUCAGAGUUCAACAAGAAGAAUACCUUCUACCUCUUCAACCACGUUGAUAUUACAAUCACGUAUCACAGUGGAAAAGAUGAGAACUGGCCUGGGGCCCGCCUGGUUACGGCUCGUCUGGAGCCCAAAAGUUACAAACAUACAGAUAUGAACAAGUUGACGUGUGAGGAGUCCCCAAUGGAAAUUCCUGCAGACUUCACCAGCAAGCUGGACCUGAUCUAUUCGUACUCUGUGAAAUUUGAAGAGAACAACAAUAUCAAAUGGGCCUCGAGGUGGGACUACAUCUUGGAAUCCAUGCCUCACACAAACAUCCAGUGGUUCAGCAUCAUGAACUCCCUUGUGAUUGUGCUCUUCCUGUCUGGGAUGGUGGCGAUGAUUCUUCUGAGGACGCUGCAUAAGGACAUUGCGAGAUACAACCAGAUUGACUCAUCGGAGGAUGCCCAGGAGGAGUUUGGGUGGAAGCUGGUCCAUGGAGACGUCUUCCGUCCUCCUCGGAAGGGAAUGCUCCUCUCGGUCUUCUUGGGCCAAGGGACCCAGAUUUUCAUCAUGACAUUUAUCACUUUGUUCCUGGCCUGCCUCGGAUUCCUUUCACCGGCUAACCGAGGGGCUUUGAUGACCUGCGCGGUUGUACUUUGGGUCUUGCUGGGGACCCCGGCAGGCUAUGUGUCGGCUCGGAUGUACAAAACAUUUAGAGGCGAAAAAUGGAAGACCAAUGUGUUACUGACUGCUCUCCUGUGUCCUGGAAUUGUCUUUGCUGACUUCUUCAUCAUGAAUCUGAUCCUUUGGGUGAAAGGAUCCUCUGCCGCCAUCCCUUUCGGGACCCUGGUGGCCAUCUUGGCCAUGUGGUUUGGCAUAUCUGUCCCGCUGACCUUUAUCGGUGCAUACUUUGGAUUUAAGGAAAAGCCCGUUGAGCAUCCGGUGCGCACAAACCAGAUCCCACGACAAAUCCCAGAGCAGUCCUUCUUCACGAAGCCCUUGCCGGGGAUCAUCAUGGGUGGCAUUCUGCCUUUUGGGUGCAUCUUCAUACAGCUCUUUUUCAUUUUAAACAGCAUUUGGUCCCACCAAAUGUAUUACAUGUUUGGGUUCUUGUUCUUAGUCUUCAUCAUCCUUCUGAUCACGUGUUCGGAGGCGACGGUUUUGCUGUGCUAUUUCCAUCUGUGUGCCGAGGAUUACCACUGGUGGUGGAGAUCGUUCCUGACCAGCAGCUUCACCGCUGUUUAUCUUUUCAUCUACGCCAUUCAUUACUUCUUCUCAAAGCUCCAGAUCACAGGCACCGCCAGCACUAUUUUAUACUUUGGGUACACCAUGAUCAUGGUCCUGAUUUUCUUCCUUUUCACAGAGGAGAAGACCGUGUUACGAGGUCAAUCAAAUAUUCGUCCAACCAACCCCAUAGCUCUGAUGUCAGCAUACUUCAAAUCAGACAGCGUGAGUAGGCAUGUCGAUCCGUGACAGGCUAGCCUAAAUGAAAUAAAUACAUUGGAGUGGAGGAAAGGGACAUUUGACAUCUGCGUUGCAAAAUGGAAAACAAACCCAGAGACCUUCCAUAGCAAUAGCAGUUGGCUGAGUGUGCCUUCGUUGCAGGAGAUUAAUAGUAGGCUUGUCUGUCGGUUGCUAAUCUUCUCAUUGAGGAUUCCUUGGUAAGCUUCUAAAGAAUGCCAGGUUUCCUUUCAAAACAUGGUUUUAAAAAUUGCUGGGAGGAGUGGUUGCACAGGAAAAAGGAAAAGAUCCUCUACUUCUCCAAGACUGUGAUGAAACUCACUGUAUUGUCCCCUCUUCAUGUUUUUCAGUGAUACAUAUAUAUGGCACAAAGGUUAUACCCUGUGUGCAUGCCUUCAAAUGGGAAAAAAGUACUGUUGCCUGCUGGCCUGACUCACAUAAAGUAGAAAUUUGAGAAAAAUUAGGUUUUCCAGGCUCUGACACACAGAUGCUUUGUUUUGGAGAACCUACUCAAGCAUGUGCUGCUCUGGGUUGCUGUAAGUUUUCCGGGCUAUAUGGCCAUGUUCCAGAAGCAUUCUUCUUCUGGAACAUGGCCAUAUGGCUCAGAAAACUCACAGCAACCCAGUGAUUCCGGCCAUGAAAGCCUUUGACAACACAUCAUGCUGCUCUUCUUCUAAUAUCUCUUAUUUUGCAUCUUUUUCUCAU